AUGCCUCCAAGACGUACUCCUGGUGCUAGUGGGACUAAUGAAGUGGGAAUGAAUGAGAUGGCUCAAGCUAUGGUACAAAUGGCCACGGCCAUCGCUGCUCAGAAUCAACGUGAAAUGCGAAGGGAGGAAAGAGAAGAAAGGGCGGCCGAAUCUAGAGGUUUAACAGACUUCCGCAGACAUGACCCUCCCAAGUUUCAUGGAGAUGUGGAUCCUGAAAAGGCUGACAAGUGGUUACGGGAAGUGGAGAAGAUCUUUGAAGUGAUUCGAUGCCCACCUGAAGUUAAAGUGAACUAUGCCACUUAUUUGCUACUUAGUGAUGCUGAAUAUUGGUGGAGGAGCACCAAAUUGAUGAUGGAAGCGGCUCAAGAAGAGAUUAACUGGGAGUCCUUUCAGAUGAAGUUUUUGGACAAAUAUUUUCCGGUAAGUGCUAGAACAAAAUUGGGAGAUGACUUUCUGAAGAUCCGCCAGGGUAGCAUGACUGUGGGAGAAUAUGCGGCAAAGUUUGAAUCCUUAUCGCGAUACUUCAAGUUUUUUCGUCAGACCAUUGAUGAAGACUUUAUGUGUCACCGUUUUCAAGAUGGAUUGAAGUAUGAAAUUCAAGAUUCGGUACUACCUCUGGGAAUCACGCGAUUCCAACCCCUAGUGGAAAAGUGCAGAGAGGUAGAGGCUAUGAAGAACCGCAGGCUAAAUCGUGGGGGUACUGGUAACCACGGGGGACCAACACGACCGAGUAAUCAGAACCAGGGUCGUAGUAGACCAGAUCAAAAUCCAUAUCGUCGUCCCCAAGGGUCAGAUAAGGGACCAUAUCGUCCAAUGACCUCCAUUUCAGAUGAUAGACAGAAGACUUCAGAAUCAAAGCCAUACUGUUAUCGUUGUGGAGACCCAAGACACCUUGCGAAUAAGUGCACUCUCAACGGCAGUGUAUGUUUUAAAUGCCAGAAGCCCAGACAUCUAGCCAUGGACUGCAAGGAACCAAAGGCAGAAGCCUCACUACAUGCGACUGAAGUCACACACCCAACAGCUCAAGGACGAGUUUACAAUAUAAAUGGUCAAGGGACGUCUCGCCCGAAUGAAUCCUUCCAAGGGGAGUGUGAAAUCUCAGGUAAUAUUCUAACCGUCCUUUUUGACUCUGGUGCAACACAUUCAUUUAUCUCUAUGGAUUGUGUGAAGCUAUUGGAAUUGCAUGUCACAACCUUAUUGUUUGAUUUGUCUGUUACCACCGCUGCUGAUAAUACUUUAAUUGCAAAUAUGGCAUGUAUGCAUUGUCCUAUAGUUGUGUUGAGUAGGAAAUUUAAUGUGAAUCUCAUUUGUCUCCCUCUUAAGAACCCCGACGUUAUCCUUGGUAUGGAUUGGUUGUCACACCAUUAUAUUUUAUUAGAUUGUGGUCGUAAGACUGUCAUUUUUCCCGACCCAGAGCUUUCUAAAUUCUUAGCCGCGCACGAAAUCAAGGUUGCUCUUAAGGAAGGUGAUAUGGAGAUUUUGUCCCUGACUAGUAUGGAAGUUACUCGUGAUGUCAAGAUAAAGGAUAUACUAGUGGUUAGAGAUUUCUCUGACGUGUUUCCGAUUGAUGUACCAGGACUACCGCCAGUGCGAGAGACUGAGUUUUCUAUUGACUUACACCCAGGUACUGGACCCAUGUCAAUUGCACCCUAUCGGAUUUCGCCUUCCGAACUAACGGAACUUAAAGAACAAUUGGAAGAAUUAAUGUCAAAACAAUUUAUUCGACCUAGUGUUUCACCGUGGGGAGCUCCUGUCUUGUUAGUAAAGAAAAAGGACGGACGUUCACGACUUUGUGUAGAUUACAGGCAACUCAACAAGGCCACUAUCAAGAACCGAUAUCCAUUGCCGCGCAUCAAUGACCUUAUGGAUCAACUCCGAGGGGUUGUAGUGUUUUCCAAGAUAGAUUUGAAAUCUGGGUACCACCAAAUACGAGUUAAGACAGAAGACAUUCCCAAGACUGCAUUUCGGACUCGUUACGGACAUUACAAGUAUCUUGUAAUGCCAUUCGGAGUGACUAAUGCACCCGCAAUAUUUAUGGACUACAUGAAUCGUAUCUUCCAUCCAUUUUUGGAUAAAUUCGUAGUGGUAUUUAUAGGUGACAUUCUCAUUUAUUCUAAAAGUCGAGAGGAGCAUGAGGAACAAUUACGACAAGUUCUAUCAGUGUUGCGAGAGAAACAAUUGUAUGCCAACCAAGCGAAGUGUGAAUUUUGGUUAGAGGAAGUUAAUUUUCUAGGGCAUGUGAUCUCAAAUGAAGGAAUUGUUGUCGACCCAGGCAAGGUAAAGGCCAUUGUAGAUUGGAAGCAGCCAAAGACUGUUACACACAUUAAAAGCUUUGUUGGAUUAGCUGGCUAUUACCGAAGAUUUAUUGAAGGUUUUGCUAGGAUUGUAUCCCCACUGACCCAGCUUACAAGAAAGGAUCAACCAUUUGCGUGGAUAGAAGAGUGUGAGGCGAGUUUUAAACUAUUAAAGGACCGUUUGACGACCUCCUCGGUACUAACUUUGCCACAACCAGAUGAACCCUACGAAGUUUAUUGUGAUGCCUCUCAUCAAGGAUUGGGAAGUGUCCUCAUGCAGAAUAAGAAAGCAGUAGCCUAUGCGUCACGACAACUAAAAAUACAUGAAAGGAACUACCCCACACAUGAUUUGGAACUGGCUGCGAUAAUGUUUUCCCUAAAAAUUUGGAGACACCACUUGUAUGGAAGUACAUUUACAAUUUUUAGUGACCAUAAAAGUUUGUAA